UUAAUUGUAAAAGGAGGAGUGCUACUGAGAAAUUAACGUGGGUUCUGUAUUUGGAAGAUUCUGAAAAGCUAGAUGUCGGUGUACGACAGCGUCGUGGGUGGGAAAUUGAAGCUGAAGGGAAAAGCGUUGGAUGUAAAAGCUUUUAGGAUUAAAAAGAAGAAGAAACGAGACAAGAGAUAUCAUAAUUUCUCCCAAACUAGUUCCGAUAUGUUAGGUGGAAAGAUGUCAAUGGAUCACCAUGAAGACAGCACAGAGAGUGUAUCAUAUGAUGAUCAUCUUACUCCAGCUGAAAGGCGAUUUCUCCAUCAGACACAGAAACUUGAGCUUCAAAGACUGUCAAAAAUGGCGAGCAAGUCUCAUAGAGAUAGAAUUCACGAGUUCAACCGAUAUCUGGCCAACCUCAGUGAGCAUUAUGAUAUUCCCAAAGUAGGACCUGGUUAAGGAAACUCUGUCUUUGUUUUAAUCUUCAUUCUACUAAAUGUUUUGUACUGUUAUAAUUGAUUAACCUUUUCGAAUUGAUGAAA